GUUUCAACAGCUAGCAAGCAAGCGGAGUGGGGUGCACACUAACACAACACUUGUUCUACGUCGUGAGCGGACGUCGCACGUAGCGCCCGCGCACACUCAAAUCGACUUUCGAAUACGAUCCAUUCGAUUUUUGAAUUGUUUAAAAUGUAUCCCGAAACAGUGCUAAGGUGAAAUCGACUGCUCUUUGUGACACGUGAUUUUAAAUACCAGUGCAUUGGAACGUACAUUUUUGUGAAGGAUUUUUUUACGGAACCACCCUGUAACGUAUCAAGAUGGGCUGCAAGUUAACAUUUGUGGACGAUCUCCUGAACAAAUCCUUUUACAAACUGGGCUUGAUAGUUGGUAGACAACCCGGAUAUUUUAUCAUAGUUCCAGUUCUGUUGACUUUACUUAUGAUCACUGGAUAUCAACGGAUACAUUAUGAAAUGGACCCAGAAUACUUAUUUUCCCCAGUUAGAGGCCAGGGAAAACUUGAGAGGAGUAUUGUGGAAGAAAAUUUUAAAGUUAAUUAUUCUCAUAGGUUUAAUAUAGGACGAAUUACUAGACCGGGAAGAUUCGGUCGAGUGAUAAUCGUUUCCAAAGACAAUGACACCAAUAUGCUGCGUACAGAAGUGUGGAAAGAGCUCAGACAGUUGGACGAUCUAGUGCAAAACAUAACAGUCACUCUGCCAGAUGGCGAAACCUUCACUUACAGGGAAGAAUGCGCUAAAUGGGAGGGGCAAUGCUUCGUCAACGAUAUAUUGAAUUUGGACAAGAUUAUCGGCGAGGUGGAACGAGGCGAGUUAAAUUUGACAUUUCCAAUCAUGUUUAAUCCUGUCACGUGGGAAGCUCAUGCUUUCCCCGUAUACUUCGGUGGUUCUAAAGUGGUGGACGACACGAUAGUAUGGGUGCCUGCUGUCCAACUGGUUUGGUUUGUUAGAACUGACAACGAAGUGCAAAAACAAAGAGGCGCAGCAUGGGAAGACGCAUUCCUAGAUGCAGUUGGAGUAGCCGAAGACACGGGGCGAUUUAAACAUAUAUCGAUAUCUCGUUUCGCAUCAAGAACUCUUGACCACGAACUAGAGAAGAAUACCAGAACAGUCAUACCAUUCUUCAGUUCUACCUUCAUUCUUAUGGGCAUCUUUUCAAUAGUUACUUGUAUGAUGGCGGACUGGGUUCGCUCAAAGCCCUGGUUAGGUUUGCUGGGAAAUAUAUCAGCCGUUAUGGCAACAGCUGCUGCUUUUGGUUGCGCCAUUUACUUAGGCAUUUCGUUUAUUGGCAUUAACUUAGCUGCGCCUUUUUUAAUGAUCGGCAUCGGUAUUGAUGACACAUUUGUAAUGUUGGCUGCUUGGAGACGGGCUUCCCCAAAACUUUCAGUGCCAGAACGUAUGGCCAUUAUGCUUUCGGAAGCAGCCGUUUCUAUUACAAUUACGUCCGUCACAGAUAUGCUCUCCUUCUUUAUCGGAAUAUUUUCACCGUUCCCCUCCGUACAAAUUUUCUGCAUGUAUUCAGGUCUGGCAGUUUGUUUCACAUUUGUGUGGCAUUUAACUUUCUUUGCUGGAUGUGUUGCUAUAUCAGGAUACAGAGAAAAACAAAAUAGACACACUAUCACAUGGAUGAAAGUAUUACCGGAGUCGCGAGCGAGAAAAGCAGAAAAGUCUUGGUUAUACAGAGUAUUCUGCAGUGGUGGUAUAGAUCCUGCUGAUCCAGAUAAUCCCAUUGACAAUAAAGAACAUUGUAUCAUGGCCUUUUUCCGUACUACGGUAGCAGAUCUACUCAACAAAGGUGCAGUCAAAACUCUGGUCUUAGUAAUUUUCUUGGCAUACCUCGCUGGUGCAGGAUACGGUGUCACAAAUUUGCAAGAAGGUUUAGAAAGACGAAAAUUGUCAAAGGAAGAUUCGUAUUCUGUUGAGUUCUUCGACCGCGAAGAUCUUUACUACAGGGAAUUCCCCUAUAGAAUCCAGGUAGUGAUCAGCGGUAAUUACAAUUAUUCGGACCCUGCUGUGCAAGAUCAAGUAGAAACGCUUACGCAGAAGUUAGAAAAUACAUCAUACAUAUCAAAUUCCUUAUAUACAGAGUCAUGGCUGCGAACUUUCAUAAAUUAUGUAUCGAGAAACAACGACUACUUGAACGUAACGAUCGACGAAGAAGCUGAUUUCAUUCAGAAUCUUAAAGAGCUGUGGCUGUUUCCUGCAAAUCCUUUCUCUCUAGAUGUAAAAUUUAACAAAGAUGGUGACAGAAUUAUUGCCUCUAGAUUUCUUAUACAAGCAAUUAAUAUAAGUGGUACAAAUCACGAAAAAGAAAUGGUCAAAGUAUUAAGAGACAUUGUUGCGGAAUCACCUCUAAAUGCUUCUGUAUUCCACCCAUAUUUUAUCUUCUUUGAUCAGUUUGAGCUCGUCAAGCCGACCUCAAUUCAAAAUCUAUGCUAUGGAGCCCUGAUGAUGAUGAUUACAUCAUUUAUAUUUAUUCCUAAUGUUCUUUGCUCGUUAUGGGUAGCAUUUAGUAUUGUAUCUAUAGAAAUCGGUGUAGUUGGCUACAUGGCUCUUUGGGAUAUCAACCUUGAUUCCAUAUCUAUGAUUAAUUUAAUUAUGUGCAUCGGAUUCUCUGUGGAUUUCACUGCACAUAUAUGUUAUGCAUAUAUGGCCUCCAAAGCGAAAUCUCCCGAUGAUAGAGUUAGUGAAUGUUUGUACUCUUUAGGAUUACCAAUUGUUCAAGGAUCGUUCAGUACAAUUCUUGGUGUUGUCGCGUUACUUUUAGCUGACAGUUACAUAUUCUCCGUAUUCUUUAAAAUGGUGUUCAUGGUUAUAUUCUUCGGCGCUAUGCACGGCCUGUUUCUAUUACCUGUACUCUUAUCACUAUUUGGUCCAGGAUCAUGUACUAAAAAGCAAGAUGAUAUGAAAGUAUCAAAAGUUGACAAAUGUAUUCCCCAUCCAUACUGUAUUCCACAUCCACAGUUAGUACUAAACGAUCAAAUAUUUAACGGUAAGACACUAAAUCCGAAUGGAGUAUACAAAAUUUACGGCGAUGACAAGGAUUUGGGUAUUGGCACUUCUGGCGAAGAUACAAGCGAAAGCAGUUCUAAUCAGUCACAACGUCGACAAAUGGGGGAGGACGAGAAUGGUAGGAAAAAAUAUGAAGAUGGCUGGAAGAGAUCUAGUUACUGUCAGAGCACAAGUCAAUUUCAACCGUCUGGAGAAUUGGAUUUGUACAGUCACGAAAUAGAUAGAACUUGGCAAAGACAACGAUGUGAAGACAACCGUAGAAUAUUCGAUAAUUAUAGAAAAGCUCCGAGGUCAAGAGAUGAUGACUGGGUGAUGGCGACGCGGAAAACCAGUGAUACAGGGCCUCGGCGUGAAGGUGCAUAUAGAGUAACGCGAGCGCAUUCACAACAUAAUUUGCACAGACCGCGUGCACCUAGACGUACCAACUCACAUCAAAACCUUGAGCAUUUAGACUAUGUAGCAGAGAUGAGAUUCCCUUGACAGUGACCAUUAAAAUUAUAUGACAUUUAAUCAAGUGCUCAAUUUGUGGACCAAAGUAUUAUAAUAAUGCCUUUGUAGGUCGAAUUCCAUAGUAACAAACGACCAAGAAACAAUGUAUGUCUGUGUUGUUAUCUUCUUAGUUUAGUAUGUAGUAUUAUUUAAUUACUGUAUAUUUCUGUAAUAGGACUCUAUUUAAAAUACCUAAAACAUAAACCUAUUAGAUUCCAUUAGGGAGAAAUGAGGAAUAUAAGUGAAAUGUCCCUUUAAAUACGAUCAAGAAUAUGUUUACAAUAUUUAGAUUUAAAAUUAUAUCAUUUUAUAUACUUAUUAAUAUUCAAGUAGUCAUGGGAGUGUUCUAAAUCGGAUAAAUUACGUAUAAAUUUAUUUCAUUCAAAUAAAAUGGACUAAGCAAAUAGUUUAAGUAGAUUUUAGAAAUUAAGCCAAAAAUAUUAUGUAUCCAAAAUUCCAACUUAUUUGUACAUGUAUAUACUAUACCAAGGUGUUAGUAAAUUCAAUGGAUCCUAAUUUAUAAUAUACUUAUUAUCCAACACGUGUAUAUUACAGUUACCUAUAUUAUACCUUAUAAACUGAUAAAUACUGGGGUCAAUUAAUAAACAUAUAAAUAACUUAUUAAAUCUUAUACUAGUUCCUAUAAAUGUACAUCAAUCAUAUUUAAGAUUUCUAUGAAUUUGACGGUGUCGCCGCUUUGAUUAGUAAUGUGAUAAUACUUAGGUAUAGUUUAUAGAUUAAAAAUUUGAUUUAUUUUUACAUCCAAAUACAUAUUUAUGGCAUUUUUGCCAACGAAUAUGCCCAAACGUAUUUGUUGACAAAUAUAACGAAAUACCUAUAUUUCGGUAGUAUAUAAUUAAUAAUAAUCUAUAUAGGUACAGAGUGAAAUCAAAGCCAUUAACAUCCUUGAGCUGACUUAAUAGUGAAAAUGAAGAUAUUUUUUAAAUUAGAGCAAAGUGACAAAAAUUUUGACCCUCCCAUACUGACAACUGAACGCGCGGCCGUGUUAUUUCUAUAGCAUACUCGGAACUUUUUGACACAUGGAGAAAAAUGUGUAAAAAUACGCAUUUUCACUAAUAGAACACUCCAUUGAAAGGAUGCAAAUUAAUUCGAUUUCGCCGUAUUAAUUUCAAUAAUUUGGUAAAAAUUCUUUAUAUAUCAUACAAUGAAUUAUUUUAAUCUUUUGAGAUCUGUUUUAAUAAGUUGACUUUAAUAUAUGUUAUAUUGAUAAGAUUUCUAUAUACCUACCUAUACCUACAAGAUACAAGAUAAAUUAUAUAAAUAAUUUGGUAUCCAGCGAAUAAUACUGAACUGGACGAUGUUUCUGUGAGAACAUACUUAGUCGAAAUAUAAAAAUUUUCAUAAAAAUGAUCCCGUGAACAGUUUAGACCUAAUUAGACCUUUUUUUAAAUAAAGUUACUUUUUGUUACAGCCUGUAUAGAUAAAGUUCACAAGAAGUAACAUUAUAGGAACAUGUACAUAAUGUAAGUUUACAAAUAGGCAUAUUAAGUCUUCAAUAUUUCAUAACAAAGCUUUAAGGUUACUUUUGUUUUUGAAUCUGUAAAUAUUAUUUGUGAUAUUAUGAUCUUGUUGCCAUGUGUAAAUUAACUCGAACUCGCAUUAAGCUAUAUAUACAUAUAUACUCCUUUGCAAAAAUCAUACAGAGCACAUGCAGCGAUAAAAUAUUUAAAAUUUUGUAAAACAGUUAACCAAAUUUUAAUUAUUGAUUAUGCAGUUAUAUAUGAUGACUGACAUAUUCAGAGUCAAUAGUUUUACUUAAAUAAUCUAAAAUAUCGUAUAUGUCUUUUUGUAAAAGGGUUUAUAUAUAGGUCAUCUGUAAAAUUAUUUAGGUAUCGAAAUUCCUGGCUAAUCAUUUAUUUUUUCAUUUGGGCUUUUAAAUCAAACCGCUUCGUGUGACGUCGUUUACGCUAUAUAGACUAGAAGUAUGCGAAGCGUUUUUAUUAAUAGAAGAAAAAGGAGAUAACAGAUCCGGCAUCUUGUACUCAGACGCGGGCGGCAGAGUCGAUUUCCAAAAAGAUUCAUUUACCUCGUUGAUAUAGUAGAAACGCUUCGGGAUACCUAUUUGCCCUAUGUUCUAAAAUUGUAGUGCUCAGUUCUAGUGUGACCUACACAGAUGGCAACUCCAUUAUACCAUAAUAAAACCUAUCUUCUAGAAUCUAAUACUUAUGCAGGAUCGCAACUAAAUCCAAUAUAAAAAUCAUACACAUUUGUUUUAGCGUUAACCUGCGCUUGAAACAUCAAAUGGAAUUAUGAAUGAAUAUAUUCACAUUGACCAGUAUUGGUCUUUGAUCAUGACUGAAUAAUGUAAAUAGUAACUUGUUUUAUAUUAAUAAAAUUAGUUUUGAUAUGA